GUCUCUCAGUCUGUCUGUUCCUCUAUUCAUCAGUCUGUCUCUCUCUCAGUCUGUCUCUCUCUCUAUUCAUCAGUCUGUCUGUCUCUCAGUCUGUCUCUCUAUUUAUUUCAGUCUUUUUUUAGGAUGGACGAGUUUCAUUGUGGAUUAUUGAUUAUGUUUCUGCUGCAGAUCGACUGUUUACACUCAGUUUACAUGACUGACAGCACAGAUUCUCUCCAUCAGGUUCUCUCAGAGUUCGGAGUCGUUCGUCCAAUCAGGACGGACUCAGAGGGGCGUUUCCUGUCAGCGUCAGUCUCCGCCCCCCACCGCGUCCGAAGACACGCCCCCUACACAGAGGACACGCCCCCUGUUAUUCCAGCCCCCCCCACUGCGUCCCCGGGGCCCGGCUGGAGGGGGGGAGGCCACGGCGCUGGGGAGGAGCUCUUCUACAACGUGACAGUGUUGGGUCAGCAGCUGCACCUGAGGCUGAGGCCCAACACGCGGCUCGUGGCCCCCACAGCGACCAUGGAGUGGUGGGAGGAGUCCGGCCAGAAACACUCACAGCCAAUAGGAGACGCCGGCUGCUUCUACACAGGAGAGGUGUCCAACAUGGAGGACACGUCCGUCGCCAUUAGCAACUGUGAUGGACUGGCAGGGUUGAUCCGGACAGGUGAGGAGGAGUUCUUCAUCGAGCCGUGGGAUCGAUGGAGGGCAGGACGAGAGGAAGAGGAGGAGGAGGAAGGACAGCGACACAUCGUUUAUCGUUCUUCAGCCGUCAGGAAACAACAAGCUGUCAAUCAAACUGCUGACGACUUCCUCCGAGGUCCUCUUUUAGGAUCUUUGAACCUGAAGCAGAACGCGACGAAAUCCAACUCAGCUCGACAGCGACGCUACAUCGAAGAGGCCGAACUGUUUAAUAUAGAGGUUUUGUUAGCGGUGGAUUAUUCUGUUCUGCUUUUCCACGGACGAGAUCACAUUCAGAAAUAUCUGCUGACACUGAUGAACAUAGUUAAUGAGAUCUAUCAGGAUCAUUCACUGGGAGCGAACAUCAACGUGGUCCUGGUCAGGAUCAUCAUGUUGUCUCCAACAAAGUCCCAGGAGCUGAUCUCUGUGGGAAACCCUCAGAAGAGUCUGGAGAACGUGUGCGGCUGGUCGUAUCUGCAGCAGAGAGAACAGACUCACGCUGAGCAGCACGAUCACACCAUCUACCUGACCAGGCAGGAGUUCGGGCCGUCCGGCAUGCAGGGUUACGCUCCAGUGACAGGAAUGUGUCGCCUGUAUCGGAGUUGUGUCCUUGUCUUCGAGGACGGUUUUUCUUCGGCUUUCGUAGCUGCUCACGAAACAGGACACGUGUUGGGCAUGGAGCACGACGGCGAGGCCAACGACUGCGAUGACGACGUGCAGCUGGGAAGCAUCAUGUCGCCGCAGGUUCAGGCCACCUUCCAUCGGUACCACUGGUCCCGCUGCAGCUGGAGGGAGCUGCACAAAUACCUGAAUACAUACGACUGUCUCCGUGACGACCCGUUCAACCAUGAAUGGCCAGCUCAGCCCCAGCUGCCGGGGUUUCAGUACUCCAUGGACCAACAGUGUCGCUUUGACUUUGGACCGGGAUACAGCACCUGUACUGCAUACACCACCCUGGACCCCUGUAAGCAGCUGUGGUGCAGCGACUACAACAACCCGUUCUUCUGUAAGACGAAGAAAGGUCCUCCACUGGACGGGACCAAGUGUGGACCGGGGAAGCACUGCUUUAAGGGCUUCUGUAUGAAGUUGACCCCUGACCUCCUGAGGCAGGACGGCAGCUGGGGGGCGUGGAGUCCGUUCGGCGCCUGCUCGCGGACCUGCGGGGGAGGGGUCAGGUUUCGGGCGCGUCACUGCGACAACCCAGUUCCAGCCAACGGGGGGCGCACCUGCUUCGGGAACAGCUACGAGUUCCAGCUGUGCAACCAGGAGGACUGCCCCCCCCUGACGGACUUCAGGGAGGAGCAGUGUAAACUCUGGAAUCCAUAUUUUGAGCAUGAAGGAAAGAAACAUCACUGGCUGCCAUAUCAACACCCUGACCCUGAUGAGCGCUGUCAGCUGUUCUGUCAGUCUAAGGAGACGUCUGCGGCGGUUUCCAUGAACAGAAUGGUGCAUGAUGGGACGGCGUGUUCCUAUGGUGAUGCUCACAGCGUCUGCGUCCGAGGAGAGUGUGAGCAUGUGGGCUGUGAUGGACAGAUAGCGUCGGACCAGCAGGAGGACCGCUGUGGUGUGUGUGGAGGAGAUAACUCCAGCUGUCAGAUCAUUAAAGGAAACUUCACGCGCAGCACCAAGAAAUCUGGUUACCUGAAGAUCCUGGAGAUCCCCAAAGGGGCCCGACACCUGCUGAUCCAGGAGUUCAGAGGGACUCCUCACAUCCUGGCGGCCAAGAACCAGGAGACGGGUCACCUCUUCCUCAACGAUGAAGACGAGUCCCCAGAAUCCCGAGUGGUGAUCGAGAAGGGCGUGGCCUGGGAGUACACCAACACGGACGAGCAGGAGUCCAUCGAGACCAUGGGGCCGCUGACGUACGGGGUUCUGCUCAUGGUCCAUUCCCAUGGCGACUCCAAGGUGACGGUGUCCUAUAAGUACAUCAUACAAGACCGUCUGAGGUCCUCGCUGGAGUCCAACCUGCUGCAGGAGGACGCCGUGUUCUAUGAGUGGGCGCUGAAGAAGUGGUCGCACUGCUCCAAACCCUGCGGAGGAGGGAAACAGUACACCAGGUUUGGAUGCAGGAGAAAGGCGGACGGGAAGAUGGUUCACAGGAUGUUCUGCUCUGUCAUCAAGAAGCCGAGAGCUAUCAGCCGCAAGUGCAACGCCGACGCUUGCACCUCACCACGCUGGGUGACUGGGGACUGGGAGGACUGCAGCGCCUCCUGUGGUCAGACGGGGUGGCAGCGUCGCUGGGUGAGCUGCCAGCAGGCGUCCAGCAGGGGGCAGCAGCAGCUGCGUUCGGUGCACAGCAAGCUCUGCGGUGACGAACGGCCCGACACAAAACGGACCUGCAACCGCCUUCCCUGCCCCGCCACCUGGAGGGCUGGACCCUGGACCCCGUGUUCAGUCAGCUGUGGAAACGGCACUCAGGAGCGGCAGGUCGCGUGUUCAAGUCAUGAAGGUCCAGCCGGAAACUGCAGUGAUCCUCAACCAAUCACAAACCGGACCUGCCAGGCCCCACCCUGCAGCGGCGACCAGAGGAACUCCAUCAUCCAGUGGCUGUCCAGGUCCAACCCGGACAUCCCUGCAAAGAUCUCUUACAGACAGCGUUGCCGUGGUGAUCGAUCUGUGUUUUGCCGGAGGGAGGUGUUGAGUCGGUACUGCGCCAUCGCUGGAUACCGACAGAUGUGCUGCAAGUCCUGCAGCGAAGGCAACUUCAGCAACUCUGACAACUUCAGCAACUUCAGCAGCACGAGCUCGCCGGGCAGCAGCAGCAGCUCGUGGAGUUUGACCAGAGAGACGGCGACCUCAGUGUCCAGCUCCUCCAUUGUCAGUGACAUCAUCACACCACCUGCCAGCUUCACUGUGACUCCGCCCCCCACCAGCAGGAGCAGCACCGACUUCGUUUAUGUGGAGUACGAAGAUUACGACGAGUACUCAUCCUACGAGGACCCUGAGACCCCGACUGAGAUUCCUGUUACGCCAGCAACUAGCACCACUACCACCAGUACCACUACCACCAGUACCAGUACCACCAGGACCGCCAGGACCACCAGUGCCACCAGGACCAGGACCGCUGCUACAAGGCGUACAAGAAAAACUGCUCCGCCAUAUUUGUUCAGGAAGAAAGCGACCACUCCCACAGUUCCCCCUGCUACAGUUCCCAUGGUAACUACUGACGGUCAAAGGUCAACGCUGGCACCAGUCAGCACGUCUGCCAUCCCAGAGAUCCCCACCGCACUGUGGGUUGAUGACAUUAUCACUGUGACAUCAUCACUGAACAAAACAUCCGGGGGGCGGAGCCUCAAAUCUCAACUUAAUCCAUCAGAAACUGAACCGACUCCGCCGCCGCCGCCGUUGGGUCCGUCCUCCCAGAGGGACAACAACUCUGUGGACGAGGUCUCGUACCGGAUCGUAGGAGUGGACAGCGACAUCACGAGGCAGCAGAGCUACUUCGUGCCGCGCAUGCCUCCGUGCGAGCGAACACAAAACAAACGCAUCCAGGAGCUUCUGAACGAGAAGCGCCGGCAGGAUCUCCUGAGGCGGCCGAGCAGGAGCCGGGUCGGCAGGACUGAGCGGAAACCCGCCGGAUUAUAAAACAUUGAAGCACGUUUUUUAUUUUCACUUCUGACACCGCAUGUGCAGCUCGCUCACUUCCUGCUAACGCUAACAAACUCUACCCGAGACACAGACUGCAGAGUCCACCUUCGUGUUUCCUGACGUGUUGGUCAGAGUUCAUACUUACAGGAUCUUAAAUCAAUGUAAAGUAUCGUGAACCAUGUCGGACCAGAAUGUGGACAGUUUGCUUCAGCUUCCUGCAGAAACCCAGAUCAGAUCCUGGUCUGUUCAGCUUCAGCUGGUUUUCACUGGUUUCAUUCAUGAUUUUUGUAAAAGAUAAUCUCAAAUAAAGCAAAGUCUCAUCCAGCUGCUGAUGUUGUUACGACUCCUGAACAACAAGAUCAUUUCUUUAUGCUGCACACAUGAUCACACAAUCACACGAUCACAUGAUCACAUGAUCACAUGAUCCCACGAUCACAUGAUCACACGAUCACACGAUCACAUGAUCCCACAAUCACACGAUCACAUGAUCACACGAUCACAUGAUCCCACAAUCACACGAUCACACGAUCACACGAUCACACGAUCACAUGAUCACAUGAUCACAAAACACGAUCCAAACCAACAAUGAUUUUUACACUGUUCAAACUGAUGAAGGAACCUUAAUGAUGUCAUAAUAACAGCAGCUCAGUUAAACUUCAGGGAGAUCAAUCAGUUUAUUGAUCAUGAAUCAGUUUCAGCUGCUUUGGGUCGGGACAUGGACCCAGCAGCAGGACCGCUAUCUGCUCCUCUGUGUGAGGAGGAGCAGGAGGAGCAGGAGGAGCACUGCCACAGCCCAAAACAAGAGCUCCAGCAGGCUGCUGGCUGCA